AUGACUUUAACUGUUGGAAAAGCAGGACCAGCAUCUGACUUUCGAAAGUUUAUGGAAAAGAGACUACAAAUUUACUUAAAUGGCAAUAGACAAGUUGUCGGAAUAUUAAGAGGCUAUGACACCUUUAUGAAUUUAGUUUUAGAUAAUACUGUGGAGAUUAAAAAAGAUGAACAAAUAGAUAUAGGCGUGGUUGUAAUAAGAGGAAAUAGUAUAUCUUAUUGGGAAUGUUUAGACAAAGUUAAUAUAAAAUGA